AUGUCCCAAAGUAAAAUAUCCGAAGGGGAGGCGGAUUUAUACCUUGACCAAUACAACUUCACCACUACAGCGGCCAUUGUUGGUUCAGUUGAUAGAAAAAUAUUCGUUUUGCUUCGCGAUGGUAGGAUGCUAUUUGGAGUUUUAAGAACUUUUGAUCAAUAUGCGAAUUUGAUUUUGCAACACAGUGUUGAAAGGAUAUACGUUACUGAGGAGAACCAAUAUGCUGAGUGCGACCGUGGUGUGUUCAUGGUACGUGGAGAGAAUGUCGUUAUGCUUGGAGAAGUUGAUAUUGAUAAAGAAGAUAAACCUUUGGAAGCUAUGACCAAAAUUCCAUUUGAGAGGGCUGAAAAGUACAGGGAAAAACAAAAUGAGGCUAGAUUCAAAAUCGAGACCCAGAAAACAGAGGAAUUGGCUAAAUUUGGUUUAAUACAUGAUUUUCACAAGUCAGAUCUGUAUUGA